AGAAUUAAUAACGGAGAACAAUGCAAAAAUCAGCGGGCAUCUCACGGGGUCACUGCUGGCGGUGGCUUUCCUGGCCUCAUUUGGCAGCUCCAUGCUUUACGGAUACAACCUGGCGGUCAUAAACUCACCUGCAAAGUACAUCAAAGCUUUCUACAACCAGACAUUAUUUAAUUAUCAAGACUGGACUCCAAAUCAGCAUUACCUCACCAUCUUGUACUCCCUGACCGUCUCCAUCUUUGCCAUUGGUGGGAUGAUCGGUGCCUUGCUGGUGGGCAGACUUGCCACUAAAUAUGGAAGAAAAGGGAUCCUGGUGAGAUCCACCAUCCUGGUGUUCAUUGGAGGAGCUUUGAUGGGCUUCAGCCGCUGGAGCAGAAAACCUUCCAUGGUCAUUGCUGGACGCUUCAUUACAGGAGUGCACUCAGGGAUCUCCCUCAGCGUGGUGCCGAUGUACCUCGGUGAGAUCGCUCCAAAGAACCUGCGAGGCUUCCUGGGUCUCAUUCCCAGCAUCCACAUUUGUCUUGGAGUUUUUAUCGCUCAAGUCCUGGGGCUCUCAGAGCUGCUGGGGAAGGAAGAAUACUGGCCUCUGCUCCUCUCCCUUGUGAUGUUUCCUACCAUGAUCCAGUUGAUGUUGUUGCCAUGGUUUCCAGAGAGUCCGCGGUACCUGCUGAUAGAGAAAGGAGAUGUGCCCGCAACCGUUGCAGCCCUGAAAUGGUUCCGCAAAAAAGGAAACAUCCAGGCUGAGGUUGACGAGAUGCAGGAGGAGCAACGCUCCCUCUCCUCUAUAAAGACUCUCUCGGUCAGCCGCCUGUUGAUGGACCGCUCCGUUCGCUGCCUCCUCACUAUCGUGGUGGUCAACAUUGGCAUGCAGCUGUCUGGUAUCGAUGCUAUCUGGUUCUACACGAAUGAGAUCUUCAGGAAUGCAGGAAUUACAGAACCUAACAUUCAGUACACAACGGUGGGAACUGGUGCCGUCGAGGUUAUCGCAGGGAUGCUCGGGUGUUUUACUAUCGAGCGUCUGGGCAGAAGGCCUCUGAUCAUUGGAGGAUUUCUCUUUAUGGGGUUCUGCUGUGCAGGAAUCACCGUAUCUGUCACCUACCAGGCACAGCUUUCCCUCCUGAGCUACGUCAGUGUUGGCUGUGUGGUCGGCAUCAUCGCUGGUUUCUGCAUCGGUCCAGCCGGCGUUCCUUUCCUGAUCACCGCUGAGCUCUUUAAGCAGUCCCACCGACCUUCUGCCUACACCGUGGCCGGUUGCCUCAACUGGUUGUCCAACUUCAUCAUCGGCUUUGUUUUUCCUUUCCUGGAGGAAGCCACAGGACCUUUCUGUUACCUGAUUUUUUGUGCGAUCUGCUGGGGAGUAGCGAUUUAUGCCAUCCUCAUUAUUCCCGAGACCAAAAACAAAACCUUCCUGGAGAUCAGUCAGAUGUUUGCUGCUAAAAAGGAUGUCCUGGAUGACAACAUGAAACUGGCCCUGAUGAACGGUUAUGGAACACUCGGCAUCCAUGAUGAGAAAUAAAAGCAGAAACAUGCUGAUGUUGUGAAACGAAGUAGAAGACGUUCUUCGUGAGGGUGAGGUCAAGCAGUGAAGAUUUUCAUCUGUUGGAUACAGAUUUCUGUCAGUGUUUGCUCUGCUUCUUCUGCUGUGGAAAACAUGAAUGUUUGUUCAUUAUUAUGAUAAUAAAACAUCUCAGGCACAA